AUGUCCAAACAAUUCAUUAAUAAUAAUAACACCCAAAUAGCAAUUACCAAUGAAGAGAUUGCCUCAUCAACGAAAGAUAGGAAUGAUAUCCUUACAACAACAACAAAAAUUGAACAACAACCUCCUUCAUCGUUCAAAGAAGUGAAACAAAAAGGAUGGUUCUACUGGUUUAAAGCCGAUGAUGAUCAUGAUUCGGAAGAUGAAGAUUUUGAUGACGACGAUACUGAAAACUUUUCGAAUAAAUUCAUUACCAAAGAUUGGUCCGAUAUGAAUCUAUUUGAAAAGACAUUAUCGAUAGGUGAAAAACUUGGCUAUCAUGUUGCCAACAUUCUCGGAAUAACAGAUUCAAAAUUCCAAGUUGAAAAGGUUGAAUAUCAAAGUGUAAGUAUUCUUCUAACAAUAUCUAACAAUAUAAAUUAA